AUGGUGCAAGCCGGAAUUGGAGGGCUGGACACGCCUCGAACAAACCUAGGGGAUGCGACCUACCUUUCGACUCAGAGGCUUGAUUUUGACUUAUCAGCAGAGCAAUCCUUCCAAUCGCCCUCGAAAGAUAACAACAACCUUAUACAACAAUUACAAAAUGGUCGACGCGGCGGCGCGAUCAACCUACGAACACCACGAAGUCGCGUUGCUCUCGGUGACAGGAAAAAUCUUCCUGGCGGAGGAGAAUUCACGCCUUUACUCAAGAGUGCUACGAGAAACAGCGCGCGACGUAACGGCAAAGAGAAUGCUCAACAAACACCAGCAGUUCUUAGGUCUGGGAGUUUGGACAACAUCCCCGAGGAUCUCAGCCCAUUACCUGCAAGCUCGUUCUAUGGUGGCUCUCGAAAUGGAACAUAUCUGGACAAUACAACCAUACCUCAAAUCGACAGCAGCAGUAGCGCGUCAACACCCAUGGCCUUGCUACCACGACGGAAUGAAGGGCCCGGAGUUUUACAGGAUGGCAAUCAACUGUCCCUGCGAGAGCAGGAAAAUGUCAUUGACAAGAUUGAGAAGGAAAACUUUGGUCUAAAGUUGAAGAUCCAUUUCUUGGAAGAAGCUCUACGGAAAGCGGGCCCGGGUUUUAGUGAGGCAGCUCUCAAGGAGAAUACAGAGCUCAAGGUCGACAAGGUCACUAUGCAAAGAGAAUUAACGCGAUAUCGGAAGACAUUGGGUUCCGCAGAACGCGAUGUGGAACUUUACCGACAACAGAUUCUGGAAAUGCAGCAGAAGGUGAAGCUGAAACAUGCCGACGAAGGCCAGCGACAGGAACUGGAACGCCUUCGGCACGCGCUUGAAGACAAGGAAGCCGAAAUCAACACACUUAAGCUUCAGGAGAACCAGUUUGAUGAUGUGCAAGAUAAAGUUCAUGAUCUGGAAGCUGAAGUACGAGAAAAGAACCGCUUAAUUGACGACCGCGAGGAUGAGGUGGACAAUCUAAAGGAUGAGCUUGAGAAGCAGUCCGGGACUAUUUCGAAGUUGGAAGAAUCAGUGAAAGAAUCUCAGCGCAGAGAGGUAGAAUUGGAGGAGCAGGCUCAAGGUGAAGAAGAACUUGAGGAUGCGAGAGAGACCAUUCAAGAACUGGAGAGUGAUUUGAAGCGUCUUAGAGACGAGCUCGAGGAUGUGAAGGAGGAUAGGACCGAAGCGGUGAAGGAAAGGGAGCAUGCACAAGCAGACCUUGAAGAACUCCAAGAGGAGAUGGCAAAUAAGUCUAUUAAUCCAAAGGGUCUAAGCCGGCAACUUGAGGAGAAAGCGCAUCGUCUGCAGAAUGACCUCGAUAACCUCAGGGAGAAACACGCCGCUCUGGAAGAAGACCACGCUGACAGAGUCCGCGAUAAUAAGAAGCUGCAAGACAGAAUCGAGGCAGUGAAGCAAGAUAGCGAAGUCCAAGAGCAGAAACUCAAGGACAGGCUUGACAUCUUCCAAAGCGAAAAGCGACAAGUCUCUCAGGACCGGGAAACAUUCUCGAGGCAACUCGAUACCAUUCAGAAAGAACUUUUGCACAAAGAUGACGAGAAGAAUCUCCUUCAAAGUCGCCACGAGGCCCUCACGCAAGAAUCAGCUGGCCUUCAGAAGGAUCUUGCGAAAUCUAAAAAGGUUAUUGAAGACUUGGAGGAUAAAUUAGAUCACGAGAAGACACUGGCUCUUAGCAACGAGCGAGAUGUCAGGGAUGAAUACAAGGGGGAAAUAGACCGACUCAAUGAUGCAAUCGAAGAUCUUCGCGCUGAGAUUCGAGAGAAGGAGCGUCUACACGACAACGAUGCCGACAAAUGGGAUAGCGAGCGACGGAACCUGGAAUCUGAGCGAGAUAUGGCCGAUGAGAAGGCCGCCGGGCUGCAACGUACUAUCGACCGACUCCAGGAAGCCGAAGGUACCUUAUCCAGUAAGGAGAUGAAGCUUCAAGAAGCCCUUAAAAGCGAAAAUGAUAGGCACAAGAGUCAAGAAGCAAUCUUGAGUCGGCAAAUUGAGGAGCUCAAUGAGGACGUCGCAGCUCGUCGGAAUGCUCUUGAACAGGUGAGAUCUGACUUGGCUGAUACUGAAGAGGAGCUCCGCCUCAGCCAAAGGGAGCAGAAAAUUUUGGCUGAAAAGGUUGAGGGUCUAGAGGAUGAGGUCGAAAUUCUCCAAACAGCCUUGGAUGACGAAAGCGAGCAAGCCCAUCAAGAGAUUUUCGCUGCCAAACAGGAAGCCGACAACCUCCGGAAGCAGUUACAAUCAUUAAAAAUAGAUCUUUCACGAGCCGAAUCUGCGACUACUGCAGCAAAGGCUGAAAUUGAGGCUUUCCAUGCUAAUGCAGAAGCUGGCGAAGGUAGCCAGGCGCAACUGAGCUCCGUCCUUAGAGAUGUCGAAUCUCAAUUGGCGAAGAUCAGACAGGACAAACAAAGUCUACAAGACCAACUAGCGAGCAUGAAUGUCGAGAUGCACUCACUUAGACUGUCCAAAGCCGAAGCGGAAGCAGAGCGCGACGAAAUACAGACGCAACUUAAAUCUGUUAAGCAGCAAGAGGACGAAACUUUCCGCCUUGACCAAGAAAAAAUCGAUCUUCGAACCGCCAAGAUGAAGCUUGAUGCUGAAGUCCGUCGCCUGCGUGAAGAGAACAAGACGGCUUUAGCCCAGCAGCAGACGGUAGAAAGCGAACUUCAAAACGAAAUUGAUCGUGCUAGUUCUGAGGAGGCACGCUUGUCAUCCGAAAUUCAUGACCUCCAACGAAUUCUCAGGGGCUCUUCGGAGAAAAGAGAACUUGCACUUGCGAAGAAGGCGAUCCAGAAGCUCGAAGAACGAGUUGCUGAACUGGAAACCCAGAUUGAAGCUGGUGAGAACCAGGCCGAAGCUACACGUGAGCUCUCAAUUAUCCGCCAUGAUCUUUCAACAGCUCAUCAAAAGGAGACCGAAUUUCUUCAACGAGAGGCUGCCCAGAAAGAUAUCAUCCGUGGUCUUAAACGCCAGAUCUCAGAACUGGAGCGUAAAGCCCAUGAUGCUGAAAUCUCGCGCUUGGAGGUUUCUUCACCUCGCUCCUCCGUCAAUGGAUCAGCCCGAAAGUCAGAGGUCAUCGAAGUUCGGGCUCAACUUGCUUCUACGCAUCAAAGCCUGAAGGAAGUGCGAUCACAACUCAAAAAUGCCGAAAAAGAGGCUGGCCGCAAGAUCAAUGCUGCCAAUAUUGAGCUUCAAGCUCAAUUGGAAGCCUGGGAAUCAGAGCGUGACCAUCUGGAACGAUCAUUGGAUCAAGCACAACUUGCGGUUAACGAACUUACGGCCAAGAACACUACCUCAGAAGCAACAGUUACAAGACUCCGGAGCAAGAUUGAUCGUCUUGAGAAGGCUCUUCAAGCUGAACGCCAAAAUAGCGGCGAGGACCGUACUAUGGCUCUUGAACGCCGAGAUCUUCACGACAUGCUCCGUGAGACUCAAGUCCAAGUCGAGACCCUCGAAAUCGUUGUCAAAGAGCGCGAGCAACACAUCCAAUCCAUCUCAGCGAUCGAAUCCCAGCUACGUUCUCAACUAAAGCGAGUGCGUGAAGAGCGAUCAACAUACAAAUCAAAAGCUACCUCAGCCCAAGAAGAUCUCAAGAAGUGGGAACGAAAGUUCCGCUUCGCUCAGGCGGCUUGGGAAGCCGAGAAGCAAACUCUGACCCGCGGCGUGAGAUUCGCCAAUACGUCCAUGUCAACAAACGGAAACGAUGGAUCUGAGCUCGCGGUCGUGAAGAAGACCCUGGCGGAGCGAGAGCACCAGCACGAGAAGGAGAUGAGAGGCGUGGCGCUGCAAGUAGAGUGGUUAAGAGCGCGCUGUCGCCGCGAGGAGACGUUCAGGGCUUGUGCAGCGUUUGCGAAGAAAUAUAUGGCUUUGGAAAUCGAGUUGUAUCAAGCUUGCAACAAAGCAGAUCUCAAGCUCCUAAGCUCGACGGGUAUCACGUUCGCCCCGAAGCCGAAGAAGAGGCCUACGCUGCGCAUGGUGGCCCAAGCCGUCCGCUCGACGGUCCGCAUGAAAAUGGGUGCUGCAAAGUGGAAGGAGAGCACGAAUAUCCAUGACCGGCUUGUAGCGCAGGAGCAGAAGCAGGAGCGUGAGGCCAAGGAAAAGCAAUUGAGAGCAGAAGUAAGGGAGAAGUUGGGUCGGGAGAACAGGCAGCUUCCUUGA